UAUAUAUUACCAUUUCCGUUUUUAAUACUAGCAUACCACUCAUUCAAACACCAAAAGAAUUUGCUAAGCGCACAUGUAUUGUCUUCCGUCCCCUAUAUAAGAAUAAGAGAGUCGUAGCUCUCGGAACAUUAUUAUGGGUUUGAAGCAUGACUUGGUGGUGUACACAAGACUAGAGUGUGAAAGCUGUGAGGAAAUGGCAGCUUCUAUGCACAAAGCUAAAGAAGAAGGAGCAGAUCUGGUGGAGCUUUGCAUUGAUGACUUCACUUUCUCUCACAUUUCACAACUUGAACUACUACUCAAACAAAGAAGUUUACCAUCCAUCGUUUCUUUCAGGCCAAACUCUGCGAUAAAUUCUGACUGGAAGAAAACAUGUAUCCAAGUUCUCAAAUUAGCUGUUGAAUUGGACGUUGAGUUCGUCGAAGUCGACACUGAGGUUGUUUCCCAUCAAGUGGUUGCUGAAUUGAUGAGCAGCCGAUCAAAUAGCAAGAUAAUUGCUUCUACGUAUGUCAUUAAUGCUGGAAACCCUCCUACUAAAGACGCACUUUGUAAUUCCAUCAUAAACCUGCAGUCCACAGGAGCAGAUAUCAUCAAACUUGUCAUUGAUGUAGCUUAUAUUACAGAUGUUGCACCAGUUUUCCAUAUGCUUACACAUUCUCAGCUCCCUCUAAUUGCUAGGGCAGCAGGGGAUAGAGGUCUUAUAAGCCAACUAUUGGGUCCAAAAUACGGUGCUUUCUUUGUUUGUGGAUCUUUGGCAGGCAAAUCCACCCCUGGCUUGCCUCCUUUGACCAGCAUUAAACAGGUUUAUAAACUCCAAUAUGUCAACCCAGAUACUAGAGUUUUUGGUGUAAUCUCAAAUCCUGUUGGCCAUAGCAAGGGCCCCCUUCUGCACAACCCUGCCUUUAGGCAUACAGGAUACAAUGGAAUAUAUGUCCCACUACUAGUUGACAAUGUCAAGGAAUUUUUUCGCGUUUUCUCAUGUAAUGACUAUGCUGGUUUCAGUGUUGGUAUCCCACAUAAGGAAGCAGCAGUACGCUGCUGUGAUGAAGUUGAUCCACUUGCUAAGUCUAUAGGAGCUGUAAACACAAUUAUAAGGAGGCCUUCUGACGGCAAGCUCAUUGGUUAUAAUACAGAUUGUGAGGCUUGUGUGACGGCAAUUGAAGAUGCACUUAGAGAGAGACAAAAGACCAAUGGCUGUGCAUCAAAUGUUUCUCCAAUUGCUGGAAAAUUGUUCGUAUUAGUUGGGGCAGGUGGUGCAGGGCGAGCUAUUGCUUUUGGUGCCAAAAGCAGAGGGGCAAGGGUUGUAAUAUUCAACCGCAAAUAUGAGAGAGCAAAAGCUCUGGCUGCAGCAGUAUCCUGUGAAGCUUUGCCAUAUGAACAUCUGAACGAUUUCUGCCCUGAGAAGGGAAUGAUUCUUGCAAAUGCUUCUGCUGUGGGCAUGCAGCCAAAGUCUGAUCAAACUCCUAUCUCCAAGGAGGCCUUGAGAUCAUACGAACUAGUAUUUGAUGCAGUUUACACACCUAGAAAUACACGGUUAUUGCAGGAGGCUACAGAGGUUGGAGCUACAGUGGUGAGUGGGGUUGAGAUGUUUGUCAGGCAGGCACUUGGGCAGUUUAAAUUGUUCACCAAUGGAUUAGCACCAGUAGAUUUUAUGCGGAGGAUUGUGUAUGAGCAAUUUUGAUUCUUUUAGAAGAAAGAUAUAGUUUCUGAAAUCAGGCAGUGCUAGCUAAAACCAGGAUCAUAUUUGCCAACUCAAUAGAAGAGGUUUCUGAAAUUCAUAUUGAUGCUUCCAAAUGCCAAAUUGAUUUACAUGGGACGAAGGAUAUAUCAAAUACCGUAAAAGUAGUUUACUUUUUCUUCCUAUGAUUGUAAUAAUAGGAAGGUAAUUAUGUCAGGAAACAUGUCUUUAUCCCAGAAAGGUGGUUUAUAAGCAGUAACAAAAAUUUGCCUAGCCUGGAACAGUUGAGCAUUCUUUCGAGAUAUAUACUUGUUAUCUGGCACCA